AUGGACCGAUACUCUCGUUUUGGACGGACAGAUAAAGACAAAAGAGUUACUACAGUAGCGACAGAUUCGAUUCCUCCUCUCUCCUCUUCUGCUUCUUCGAUGAACUCGGCUAUUGCUGAAACUUUGCUUGCCGCGGCUUUCGGGGGCAAAGAACCUUCGGCGAUGAAAGGCACGUGUUCAAUCGAGAGAAAAGAGGGACAGACAUUGGACGAUGACGCCCAAAAUCAAGAAGUUAGUCGUUGUUACGAAGAGAGAAGAGAGCGCAUUUAUCCACGCUCCGAAGCGAAGCAUCAAGGAUAUGUGGCAGCUGAAGCUUACCGCAUGUGGCGCCUGGAAAGAGCAAACGGAAUUAUGAGUCGUCCACUCCCGAGUUCAGCCGCCCCGAGGUCAAGGAAUGAUGGCAUUGUCGACGAGCAGGCCGAGGCGGAAUAUGUGCAUAAAAGAGAGAAAGCGGAAUGGGAAGCUGAGAGCCGAGAAAGAGGAGCAGCAGAAGGAUUUGGGGAAAGAAAGGGUGCUUUCAGGCCCGAGAAAAGGAAGAGUUGCAGGUUAAGUCUAAGCGGAGAAAGAGAUCUGUACUGUAGAGAACUAGAAAAGACGCAAGGGUGGCUCCAGGAGGCUGAAGAUGAGGCCGAGGGUGGUCGUAGAUCAGAAUAUCUGGAAGAAGCCAAGGAAAUUGAGGAAGGAUUAAGGCAAGAGUUGGUAGAAGAUCAGGUGGGGCCUUGCAAACAGAGCUUCAAGACAAAUCAGGGCUGGGCAAGGAAAGGAGUUGAGGUUGCAAGCUUGACAAGCAGAUGCAGCAAUGUAAAGCACAAUCAGAAGCGGCUGCUGCCAAAGAUAGACGAAUGA